AUGACGGAGCCCUCGGAAACGCCCUCCACCUCGCCAAUCGACACAGACACAGACACAAAGACAACUAUGGCCACCGUCGCAGUACCUCUCGCUUCUCUCAACAACGCUUCCAAGAAACACAAGAUGGCCACCAACACCCUCAUUAUCACCGGGCUUUCACGAGCGCACUUUUCGUCCGAGCCGUUCAUGCUCGAGCUCAAAAAGGCGCUAGAGUCCGACGAUCUGGUGUGCUGGGCUCCCCUCAAGUCGCUGGGCCGAAUCGUCUGCGUUUUUGUGACCCCAGACUCGUGUUCGGUGGCGAAGAAGUACAUCAAGCAGGCGGCCGAGGCAGCAUACGUGGACGAGGAGUUCCUCAACUACUCCACCUUGAAGGCCCAGUACGCCCCCAAUAAUACAGACAUGGCCACUCUCGGCGACACAAAGCAGCGAUUGCAACUGCCCGACGCUGGCAAGCUCUUCUUCAUCUCGCCCCCUCCCUCUCCUCCGGCUGGAUGGACCUCCAGACUCGAAGAUACCCCCAACCCCAACGCCUUUGACUCGCAGUUCUACGACAUGCUGCACAAGGAACUAAGCAACGUGGCUGAGCCCAAGGAGGAAAAGAACGACCCCAUCAACAUUCCUGUGAGCGCAGGUACCCGAAAAAUCACUCUCCACGAGGGCCUCAAAUUGGACACCAACCAGGGCGUUUCCAGCGGCAUGAACUCGCCAACAAUCAUCCUCGAGUGCGAGGAGGGUGACGUCGUGUCGCCGGGAGUCGCCUUUGCAAAGACCGAGAGACCCCCUGUCGAGCUGUAG